AUGACGGAGCAGCAAUGGGACAUUGUUUGUCUUACGGAUUUGCAGUUUCCGGAGGAUGGGAUACGUGAGUACCAUUUUGGGGGACGGGAAUGGUUUCUGUUGGUGCGGGGAAUGGUGGGCUUCUUGCUGUCGGAUGUGUGGUAUGAUUGGUGGGAACGGGGCGGAGGGGUGGUGUACCAGCGGCGGGCAAGGGCAGCGGCCAUUAGCAUUCCCAGACGGGGCUGGCGUAGGGGUCUCUGGAUUUGCUCGGUGUAUGCACCCACAAGCGCGUCGGGAGUUCGGGAGCGGACAGCGUUGAGACAGGAGGUGUCUGUUUUGGUGGAGGCGGCUCCUCCUACAACCAUGGUCAUCAUAGCAGGAGACCUCAACGCCGAAAUGGGCAACAGCGUGGAUGUGAGUAGGUCGGGACACACUAUCAUGGGCCCGUUCGCGGGGCCAAAGGUCACCAAGCCGGGGGCAGAGUGGCGGGAUUGGUGUGAGCGAAACAGUUUCCGGGAGGCGGGCAGUCGUUUCAAGCAGAGGCGCCGCUGCACAUGGCGGCACCCACGGUACCGCUCGGAUCAUGAACUCGACCAUUUUCUGGUUAGGGAGCAAGACUUGUGGCAUCUUCAGUCAUGUCGCAUCCUGUAUGAUGGUCCGAGUGUUAAGGGCUCAUGGACGGACUACACGGAUCAUAAUCCGGUUGAAUGCGUGCUACGGGUGGGGAAGUGGUGGAGGCCUAAGAAGGGCCGAAGGGCCUCCAAACAGAACCCGGACUUAGCAAAGCUGCGCGGAUCAGGGGGGCAGGCAAAGGAGCUUAGGGAACGCUGGCAGGGUUUGGUGGAAAGUCGUCUCAGGGACCUGAGACAGGAAUUGGAUGGCAACGUUGAUGAGACGCAUAAGUGGGAAAGAGUGUGUGAGGUCUGUCGUGGGGUAGCCUUGGAGGUGUGCGGAGUGGUAAAAGAUGCAGGGGGGUCGCCGUGGCUGCAGCUGCAUGCCAAGGAGCUGCAGGAGCUGGGCGAGGGAAUAAGGGAGGCGCAGUUAAGGGACGCAGCGGCGGGGGAACAAGAGGAUGUCGCGGUGCGGGCCAGAUUCCGGAGGCGGUUGCAUGAGGCUAGGAGAUGCAAGAGACUGUGUGUGCGCGGGUGGAAGGAGGACUGGUUGAGAGAACGGGCGCAGGAAGCCGAUGCACUGAUAGGGAAGCCGGAGGCCCACGGAGUGUUUAAAAUUGUCAAACAACUGCUGGCGGCCAUAAAGGGGGACAGACGGGGUGGGGGGCGGGUCCGGAGUUCGGGCAAGGAAGAGCUGGAAGCAUGGAAGGACCACUUCGAGGCUAUACAAAAGGGGCGUGGUCAGGUCACAGAAUCGGUGUGGGGGGACGUCGAGGAUAGGCCCGAGGAACCGGGACUGGCGGAUUUCCCCACAUGGGAAGAAAUGCUGAGGGCCAUUCGGGACAUGAAAUAUGGGAAGGCCGGAGGGGUGGACGGAAUGGUGGCAGAAUACUUCAAGUGGGCGGGUAGGGAACUGCACGACCGGCUGUUUGAGUUUCUCACGUUUUCGUGGCGCUCCGCCACGCGGGCGGACGCGGGACGGGAAGCGGAAUUGUGGCCGGAGGCAUGGCGAAUCGGUAUAGUGGUACCAAUUUGGAAACGAAAGGGUAACUGGAAGGAUAAGAAUUCGUGGAGGGGCAUCACACUACUGUCUGUGGGUUCCAAAGUUUUAGCGCGCAUUUGCGCUCACCGCCUGGCCAGAUGGACCCAGCCGUGGUUAAAUGCACUGCAGUUCGGGUUUAGACCUGGAAGCGGGGUAGACGAUAUACAGCAAAUAACAAGGGGGGUUCUGGAAGAAGCUGCGCACUCCGCGCACGAUCGCGUGUACCUUUUCCGCUUUUAUGAUCUAGAAAAAGCCUACCCUAAAGUGGCACGAGGUGCCUUAUGGAAGGCGCUGGAGAAGAAGGGCUGUCCAAUGGCAGAGCAGGAGGGACAGACGCCUGGGUUGAACUGGGUUUUCAAGGUGGACGGGAAGGUGGGCAAAAGGCGGCUGGACCGGAUCGAGGAGGGCCGAAACAUCAAACGGGUCUGUCUGGGAGAUUUUGCUUAUGCAGAUGACACGGGCAUCAUGGGGGAAGCGGCCGAGGUAAGGGGGGCGGAAAACGUACUUGUUCAGACAAUACGGGAUUUCGAGGGCAAAGUCAACCAGGAGAAAACAGAGGGCCUUCGAGUAAUGAGGGAGGUGCGACCGGGCACGGACGUACCUUGGCUAGGGGAAGCGGGGACGGUAAAGCACGUGGGGGCCAUGUUGGCGGAACGGGCAGGGCAUGCGGCGGAAACACACAGGCGGGCGCAAAAGGCGGCGGGGAAAGUGUCUGAGGUGUCCGGGGCUUGGCUCCGAGGGCGCACAAAACAUUACGCCCGCACUGACAUCAGCGUGUCUACGCGCAUCAAGGUACUAAAGGCCGUCAUAAAGGGUACCCUAAUGAGCUUUGCGCGCACGCGCGCGUGGCAGACCAACCAGAUCAAGCGCAUGCAAGGGGUCAUACACAUAGCCAUCCGGAGGUGUUUAGGCUAUCGCCUUCGGGACCUGCGAAAAGCAGGUGUCACCAAUGAAGUGUUGCGAAACCUGGCGCAGUGGGAAAAAUUUGAUACGGCAGUCCGGAGGGCCAGCCUCCUGUGGCUCGGACACGUGGCGCGUAUGCCGGUUGAGGCUCCGCAAAAACAGGUCCUGUUCGGCUGGAUUGAUGGGCAUGGCGCGAAGAUGAGGUGCCCUUUUAAGCAGGCGCAGUGGCUAAACUCAUGUCUGAGACACGCCGGGAUCCCGGAAAUGGACUGGUUCCGAAAAGCGCAAAAUCGCAGUAAGUGGCGGGAGGAGGUGUAUAGAGCUUUUCCAGUGGAGGUAGUGUUGCAGGGGCGGGAAAGAGAUUUGGAUAAGUGGCGGUUGGGGAGGCCGGUGCCUGCGUGGGCGACGGUGCAGGGUGAACCAGAGCCAGAACGGGAGCAUGAGUGUAGCGAAGAUGAGUUGGGGAUCAGACUUAAGGGUCAUGCGCCGGGACACGAGACGCAGAUGUACAAGAGUCAAAAACGCCGGAGGCGACUACGAACAGACCGCCGAGCUGGUCGGGGUCAGGGCCAGCCUACGUGUCCUGUGUGUCAGAAGCAGUUUGGAAAAUUUAACCAACUGUCCUUUCACUACGAAGCCGAGCAUGCCAUAUGUGAUCCGACGCUCACUACUGUGCAGAGCUUCACGUGCCAAACAUGCCAAGAAACGUUUCGGCGGGCAGGGCAGUUAAAGAGUCACGUCUGUCCAGCUGUGGGAGUUCUAGAGCGCAUGCGGACCGUGGAUACGGUGGAAGAUUUUGUGGAGUGGGAGGACGCGGUCGCGCAGCCUCCAUUGCCGCAGGAGUUGCAUGUGUACACUGAUGGGUCCGGGGGGUCAGAGGGAGGGACGUCGGCGGGAUGGGGGGUAGCAGUGUUCGGAAGCCAACAGGGACAGGUGCAAACGGAUAUGUGGAGGGAAGCUGACCCGUGGUUGGCAGCCUUGUACGGUCCGGUGCUGACGCAAGUGUUUGAUAAGUUGUGGCUAGGAGCAACCGAGCACACGAACAAUACAGGCGAGCUAUCGGCCAUUGGCGAAGCGUGCAGAUACCUGAUAGACCUCCAUGAGCGGAUGCCCUCAGAGUGGUCCAGAACUGUGUACUUGUACUAUGAUUCGGAAUACGCGUAUGGGGUGGCGACCAGACUCACGCGGGCUCAGGCCAAUCAGGUUCUCGCAGAGACAGUGGCAGGAUUGGUAAGUGCGGUGCGUCGCCUCUAUGUGCUGCAUUUCAAACAUGUAAAAGGGCACAGUGCCAAUCGGGGAAACGAGAUAGCGGAUGCACUGGCGCGACGCGGGGCCAUGGGUCGCGUCUCUCCCCACUGCGCACGCUGGAUCGAACAAGCCGUGCCAGCUCCGCCUGGCAAGCCGAGGGGGGCAGGGGGUGCCACAGCCUCCGGUAAAGCCAAACCAAAGGCCCGACCAAAACGCAAGCCUAGCGCAAAGCCUAAGGGGGGGGCAAAGCGGUCGUGGACAGGACACGAGGUUGGCACAUGUAGGUCAUGUUUGCGCGAGUUCCGUCUCGGGGAUUUAGCGCAGCACGAGCCCGUUUGCAGAGGGGGGGGAGAUGCUAACCUUCGAUGCCGGUACUGCCAAAGUCAGUUCGGGAGCAUAGGAGCUAGAAAAAACCAUGAACGGUACUCGCACGCAAACGAGGCACUGCGGGAUGGGGUUAUCGGGAAGUUGUCAAAGCGCCGCACCGGCAUCUCGGGUGGGGGUGGGGAGGGUUCCGGGCAGGGAGGGAACAGUCCGGGGGAGGGGGGGACUAUGGGCUGCGGAUGA